AUGGAGGAAUGGGAGAUUCAGUACAAGAGGGAUUUCGCGCGCCUGAGCGAAUCCGGCCAGAUCGUCUUCACGGAAAAGCAAAAGCUCAAGAACCUCGAGCUGCGGGAUGCCGUUCGGGAUCUCCUCCCGAUCGACGACGACCACAAAAUCAGUGAUUGCGAUUUGAUUUAUCGCUUUUUGAUUGGGCAAAAGUGGGAUUGCAAAACUGCCCAGGCCCGCCUCCGCGCGUACGUGCAAUUUCGAAAGGAGGAGCGAAUCAACGGCAUCUUGAACGAAUGCCCGCCGCCGAUCCUCACGUCGAUGCUUUCGGUCAUUUAUGGGGUGGAUGUUAACGGCUAUCCCGUCGUCUGGAUCGCCCCCGAUCACGCGAUUUUGAUGUCGGUUUUGAAUUCCUUUCAGAAGAAAGUUUUAUUGCGGGCGCAGAUCCAAGUGAUGGAGCGGGGGCGCUUUCUCGCGAAGGCGCUCGGCGUCGAUCGGUGUUUGUACGUGAUCAACUUCAAGAAAAUCACCCUUUCCAGCGUCAACUCCACCAUUUUGGGCUUUUUGAAGAGCAUGAACAUCAUCCUGCAGGCCUUGUAUCCUGAAAUUAUGAGCAAAAUUCUCGUGUACAACUCGGGCUGGGUCGUGGCGAACGCGUGGCGGGUGCUGAAGCCGCUGGUGGAUGCCCGCGUGCAGGAAAAGGUGAUUUUCUUUAAUCUCCCGCCCUCGGUGAAGACGCUACGCGACUUUGUCGAGCCCGAUCAGGUUCUCCCGGAGUUCGGCGGGACCGGGAAGACCGACCCGAUGGGCGAGCGGCUCCAACGCGAGGAACAUCGCCUGCGUGAGGCCGCCUCGAUGAGCACCUAUGAUGGGAAAGGCACCCCGCGACUUUUUAAAACGAACUCCGCGCGGUUGGGCGAUUCGGCCCGCCAGCAGCCUCAUCUUUCCCCCUUGAAUGGCAAUCGGGUGGGAACAGAGGACCACACCCUGCGGGAGGGCAUUCGAACGGUCGAUUCCUCCACCCCCACCACCCGCGAGAUCUCCAACUCCAGCACCGACGGAUGCGAAAGCUUCGUGAAUAACUCGAGCUUCUGCUCCUGCAUUAGCGACGCGGGGGAAAACAACGACGGGGAGAGGGCGGAGGACGGCCGUCCCGAUAAUCACGAUCGCCCGCAUCACCCGGGUGGACCACGGCCUUUUUUGCCUUUUGACCUCAAUUCGUCCGUGGAGGAGACGACCUUCGUGGGGUAUUAUGAAAAUCAAUGCAUUGGGAUAUUUAGAAGAGGACAAAUCUACUGCCAGGGCGAAUGGCCAACAAGCAAUUUAUUAGAAACAACUAGUAAUACUCAUGAUGGCAUUCUUCAACUAUCAAAAGCAAACGCGUCGUCCUCGACGGUUUGGAAUAAUUUGCCGAAGACGCUUUCAUUAAAACUUGAGUCUCUGGAGAGCGGCUUAUCGACGGAGGGGUGGGUGUUUGGCGGGGAGCUUCUACGCGAAUCACGGCAUCCGAUCCACAGACAUGUCAUUCUCUGCGAUGCCAUGCGAAAGGCGAGAUUUGUUUUGCGAAAGAGCAUUUUACGCCGGCGAUUGACGAUUUAUCAAAUUGUUGGUAAUUCCAGCGUGCAAACAAACUCCUCGCAAGAACAUUCGGUGGAAGGAAAGCAUGUAAAAGUGGCUGUCGUCGUCCCGCCGCCAAGUUCGAGCUCUUCGGACCCAACAAGGUGGAUUAUUUUGAAUAAAAAUAAUAUGGAUCCUAAUAAUGUGUGCGCUAAUAAUAAAAGUAGUGGGGGAAUGUUCUCAAAGUGGUUUUCGCCAAAGAAACCUUCCUCACGCGCAUCGUCGAAUUCAAAAGAUGAAGACAUCUCGAGCCCUACAAAUCCCGUAGGAAGUCCAAAUAUGAAUCCGGAAAGAAACGAAAAAUACAAAGGAGAAAGUGGUAGUAAAGUGAUUGGUUUCUAUGAGAAAGAUAUUGCCCUUUUUCAAGGUCCUUUAGCGUCCAUCUCGCUUCCAAUUAGCUUUCUAAUGAUGGUUUCCAUCACGCUGAUGUGGGGAAACAUGAAAAAUAUUGAAGAAGGCUCAUCAAAAACAUGA